UUCUUUUUCCCUCACGGUUUCGCGAGGGUCCGGGGAACGCGAGGAUACCAACUACUUUAGUGAGAACAGCGUAGUUUUGAUCGCUCCGAGACUUUGAAAUUCGACCGGCCGGCUCCCAUAGCUAACAGCUGGGGACACAGAAUCGCUUGUAACUUUAAUUCUGUCGGCUCAAUCUUUCUCAAAUUUUAGGGAAGGGCAGAUAGGAAACUCAGCAUCUCGUACAUAAAAUUAUAACCUGAUAGCGAGUUUAGUUAAAUAAUUACAACCGAUCCAAAAUUCAAAGCGAGGCGACCGCCAUAUUGGUUGUUUAGAGGCGAUUCAAGAUGGCGCCGCCCUGAACUGUAGUGGGGGCGGACACCUUGGGACACCCAAGCGGAACGAAGUGCGGUUUACGCAGGCGAACGACAUCCGAGACGCCCCCUACAGAGGAAACAGGGAACUUAAAUCUGAAACUUCAAAAAUUUGUAGAAAAUAAACCGUAGAAGAUAGAGGAAAACAAAUUCAAUUUUCGUAUUGACAAAUUAAAUGCUCUAAACAAAUAUCCGGCUUUUAGACUCGUAAGGUAAUCGGAAAUACAUAAAGUGCAUACCCCCCCCCUAAAAACCGCACCCCCCCCCCCUAUUCGUCACGGAGUAAAAACCGAGGGGAAGUUUGGAAACAGAAGAAAACACUCCUAAGUUAAAACAGGCGGACGCAUUAACCGUUUUAAGAGAUUAUUAGGGACGUAACCUAAUAAACGUCCAGUAACAGAACAAAGAUGCCAAGAGCGGGGCCUCACCAUAUAAGCUCGGAGGAAGAGGGCUCGGAACUCGAUGUAGAUAAUGAUUAUCACUCGGUCGAGCAGGAAGCAAUGGAACAAGACCCGCAUAAAGGCAAAAAACGAAAGAAAAAGAAACCAGCUAAAAAGCUACCUACGACAGAUGAAGACACCACACAGGAGGAGCCCGGAGAGACUAGGGGUAAUGCCACAAGGACAGAAAAACGAACUAAGGGAAUGCCCAACGCUAAACCGAGGGAGGCUCAGCCCUCAACGUUGGGAAGUGGCCUCAGCAAUGAACCUGUAGAAUUUCGUACCCGACUAGGUCAGGCACAGCUGUGCUGCGUAAACGCCAUCGCACCGUUGGGGGGAAUUCUAACUCGAGAACAACUGGAAGGGAUCACUGCAAGCGUGCAGAUGAUCACUAACAUUUGCACCGAUCUGAUUGCUCGGAAUGCAUACCUAGAGGGGCGACUGGAGACACAGUCCAACAUCGCUACCCAGCACAUUCAGAGGAGGAGAUACGCUGAGGCAGUAGGGGGCCAGAGUCGGGCUGGUCAGAGCCAACCUUCAGACACACAGGGAGAGGCCCUUCUGACACCAAGGGACAGAGACGAAGGAAAGGCAGCCUUACUCCUAUAUCCGACAAAGCCGAAUGAACAAAACGGGUUCGCACAGGUAAGCUCGAUCCUCAAAAGCUCUAUCGACCCGGAGGACCUGGGACUGCGUGAACCCGUGCUCAAACCGAUUAGGGGAGGAGCUGUUAUUACCAGUUCGUGCAAAGAGGGGAUUGAGAAGCUUGAACAGAUCGUGACCACAAACUCAACUCUGAAACAACACCUCAGGGCGAAGCGACCGUACUCGCGUAACCCGCAGCUAAAGAUACGCGGGGUCGUCACAGCAGACCCAGCCAUCAUAAGACGCAAGCUAAUCACACACAACAAACUCCAGGGCACCGAAGACGACAUCCAAAUCAUUCAUGUGUUCUCAGGAAACAAUGGACUUUCGACAGUAAUCGUAGAGGUUACUCCUGGCAUCUUCAGCCAACUCCAGGAGAAGGAACGAGUUUUCCUCGACUGGACAUCUUGCCCUAUUGAGGAAAACCUCCAUGUUCCUUUCUGUAAACGAUGCAGUAGCUACGGACACACAGCCGCACGGUGUCAGUCUGAAGUCAGGUGCUGCAACUGUGGGCAAAAGCACCCGUUGUCAGAGUGUCAAGCGGGGGUGUACAAAUGCCCGUGCUGUACAGAGGUAUCCCAGAGAGACAAAAGUAAAAAGGUAGAUACCAGGCACUCAGCACUGUCGGAGAAAUGCCCCACCUAUCAACUCCAGGUGGAGCGAUUGAAACGAAAGAUCAGGUAUCAGUAG